ACAGACGCACGUCAGAGUGAUGUGACACUUCUCCGUUGUCUCUGAUAUGGGCUGGGUGUGUUGUGACACACUUGGGCUGGGUGUGACACCUUUGGACGGGACGUGACACCCAUCAGUUGCAGUGACAAAUGUUUGUGCAGUCUUGUGACAUCCUGAGGAAUGGACGUGACACCCGACACGGCGGCGUGGCACAAGUCGGCCGGAUGUGACACUCGCCGUGUCUGUGAUUUGUGAUGGUGUUGCCAAUGCUGUGACACUCGUCUUGUUGUGACGCUCUUAAGGCCGGGUGUGACACUGGGGGUGUGUUGUGACACCCACCAGGGGGGUGUCACAAGGGGGGAGUGUUGUGACACCCUGAGGAAUGUGGUGACACUCGUUCCUGGAAUGUGACAACCCAUCGGUGUGGUGACCUGAGGAGUGGUGUGACACACAUGGGGCACGGGGUGACACCGUGAUGUGACACUGCUAAGGGGGGGGGGGGGGGGCGAGAAGCAAAGCCCACUCAGUCACCCGCUCACUCACCAACUCACUCACCAAUUCACUCACCAAUUCACUCACCAACUCACUCACCCAGUCACUCACACACGAGGGUGGACAACACCACGCCCAGCCGCAUUUGAGACCGAGUCGACCUCGGGGAGGCCCAAGACCGGUUCAGAUAAUCGUCACUCACGUAUUGGUGUGAGCAGCGCGCUAACUUCUACACUACCGCUCCCCACACCACCACACUGUGUUCAACUACCAGCACGACCACACUGUUCAACCACCACAACCACCACAACCACUAUCAACACUGUGUUCAACCACGAUACUGCAGGUUACAAUAACCGUCACCCAGUCAGUCACCCACCCAGUCAGUCACCCACCCAGUCAGUCAGUCACCCAGUCACCCACCCAGUCAGUCAGUCACCCAGUCAGUCAGUCACCCACCACACUGCAGGUCUCCUCACUUCUCUCGCUGCGUCUUCCCUCCCACUGCUCCACUUUGGACAAUGAUGUUAAUACUAAUGAUGAUGACCUUGUGCGCGAGCACCUAUUAAGGUUGUCACUGCACUCGAGGGGGUGGCUACACCACGCCUGGCCGAGUGCUGAUGAUGUUGACACACACAGUCGACCAAGGGGGAGGCCACCAGGAGCGAUUCUAAUAUCCGGCCUCUUGCUACUGGUCGUGAGCGGGAAUCGAACACGGGUGGCCGGGUUCGUAGCGCAACGCCGUAACCAGUGCACUACCGCUCCCCACGUACACACAUACACGUACACACACAAACACACACAAACACACACUCAUGCAUGCAUAAUAACGCGUGCAUUACCGCAUCGAGUACAAAUGUGAUUGCCGAAGCGCAUUCCAGUUUGCGUUACAAUGGGUUAAAUAGACCGAUAUAUCACACUGUGCAUGCGUGUCUGUGUGUCUGUGUGUCUGUGUGUGUCUGUGUAUGUGUGUGUGUCUGCGGUGGCGAGCAGUGGCGCAGUGGUGAGCGCGUCGCGAUACGAUCCCAGUGACACGAGUUCGACUUCAGACUCAGCCUUGAAAUUAGUAGCAGCUGGUUCGGUGUGUAAACAUCAACACUGGGGAAACAAAGGCGGCCGGGAGCGGUGUUGUUCAACAAACACCCUCGUGCGCCGUGCCGGCCUUCAUAGGCGCUCGCUAAUAGCACUUGCCCCAACUGUGUGGGCUACACGGGGGCUCUUUGUCUGUGUAGAUCAAUGUAUGUAUUCAUAAUCGAGUUCAAUAUAUCCAAAACGUGCCGGUGUAAUAGCUCAUCGGAUUCCUCCAAGUGUCAAUAAAUAUUCUGAUUCCGUAACUGUGGCCCUGCUAUGGAGUUGUGGGUCAGAGGCAGAGCGACUUAGAAGGGAACAGCGGCCGAGCAGCGCGCGGAGAGGAGGAGGAGCACGGGACGCAGCGUCCAUCGGCGAGUCGCGGGGAGUGGCGGGGGCUGCGCGGUGCAAGUUGAGGACUCUAGAGGCGAGCGCGAGAGGCGAGCGCGUCAGAGUGUCCGGCCAAGGUUUGGCCCGGGCAUGCAGGGCCGUCCAUAGGGUGCUGUCGCGUCGAUGUGGGUGCGCGCGUUCGCCAUCCUCGCGUGCACGCGCAGUCUCACGGGGGCGAGCACGUGGUGGUCGCUGGCGCUGAGCCCCGUGCAGAGGCCCGAAGUGUACAUCCUGGGCGCGCGGCCGCUGUGCGCGCAGCUGUCGGGGCUGUCCCCGGGCCAGCGCAAGCUGUGCCAGCUGUACCAGGACCACAUGGUGCACAUCGCCGAGGGAGCCCGCGCCGCGCUGCGCGAGUGCCAGCACCAGUUCCGAACGCGCAGGUGGAACUGCUCGGCGGUGGACGGCUCCAGCGGCGUCUUCGGCCGCCUCAUGCACAUCGGCUCGCGUGAGACCGCCUUCAUGUACGCCGUGUCGGCCGCGGGCGUGGUGCACGCGGUGUCGCGCGCGUGCCGCGAGGGCGACCUGGCCACGUGCGGCUGCAGCCGCGCCGCGCGGCCGCGCGCGCUGCAGCGCGACUGGCUGUGGGGCGGCUGCGGCGACAACACCGAGUACGGCUACCGCUUCGCCAAGGAGUUCGUGGACGCCAGGGAGCGCGAGCAGUCGCACCCCAGGGGCUCCGCGGGCCACGCGCGCGCGCUCAUGAACAUGCACAACAACGAGGCCGGGCGCAGGUGGGUGUACAACCAAGCCGAGGUGGCGUGCAAGUGUCACGGCGUGUCCGGGUCGUGCUCGCUCCGCACGUGCUGGCUGCAGCUCGCCGACUUCCGGGCGGUCGGCGAGCGGCUCAAGGACCGCUACGACGGCGCCACGGCCAUGCGGCUGGGCCGGCGCGCCAGACUCGAGCUCCUCAACGGGCGCCUCAACCCGCCCACGGCCGACGACCUCGUGCACCUGGACGCGAGCCCCGACUUCUGCACGCGCAACGAGACGACGGGGUCGCUGGGCACGGUGGGGCGGGCGUGCAACAAGACCUCGGCGGGCAUGGACGGCUGCGAGCUCAUGUGCUGCGGCAGGGGCUACGACCAGUUCAAGAGCGCGCUCGUGGAGCGCUGCCACUGCAAGUUCCACUGGUGCUGCUACGUCAAGUGCAAGCGGUGCACGCACAUGGUGGACCAGUUCAUCUGCAAGUAGCCGCGCGCCUGCGCCUGCCGUUCUUUACCUCGCGAGCGCGUGGGCGCCGCCGUGCCUACGCGAGGUGACCGCGGGGGCGGAGAGCAAACAGUGGAGGUCGUCGUCGUCGACUGUCACACGAAGCGACGCUUGGCAGGAAACUUCGCGUGCAGCGUCAACCAACGAGAGCCCCACCCCACCCGACCGAGUCACGGCGCCUCGAGCCCAGCUUCUCACACGCGGCGUGGCCGCACGCCACAGGGACGACGGCAACCCCGGGAGAGAGGCGGGGGGGGGGGGGCUAUGGAGCACUCUGAACCUCCCUCUCGGGCAGAAGAGAGCAGCAGCAGCGUCCACCAAGGCCGAGACGUCCACCAAGGCCGAGACGUCCACCGACGCCGAGACGUCUACCGAGGCCGAGACGUCCACCGAGGCCGCCCUCCCUCGUCACGUGAUCGUUGACGCACCUCGCGCUCUCCGACAAGCGCCGCGUGUCCGGCGGUGGCCGCCACGGAACACGCCGCGAAUUUGCCCAGGAGGGGGUGGGUGGGGGGGUGCCGGCCACGUACGAAAUUAGAAUACAUUGGAAUACCGCGCCUCUCCCGUGCAGUACACACGAGUUGAGCGUCACCCCAUAGCGAAGGCGACGGCGCAGCCCUGCAAGUGCCCCCUCACGCCCCUGCCGCCAGAAGAGCCUACGCUUCAGGGAGGGUCCGCGGAGCUCCUUCCACACGAGCCAGACGUCGUGGACGAGGUGGUGGUACCCACACUCUACCCCACCACUCGCGACCUGCCGACUCAUUCACUCUGCAGUGCAAAUCUAUGCCACUGCAAGUCCAGCGGCAGCGUCCCUGCGUCGAACCACUGCAGCAGUCGUGACGACGCUGCCAAUUAGUGACGAGCCUGGAACGCCUCGGGGAGUCUCAGUGUUCGCUUUCGGGAGCGGACUGGCCAAGCUCCACUCGGACAGCUUGGCCGCGACUAGACGAGAGGGGGGGGGAGCAGACACUCGGCACCGCCUCCUCCUGGCCACGCGCCUACAACACCUGGCAAGCCCCUGCGUGGUCGGUCACCCAUCCAAGUGCCGUACACCUACCAGGCUCAAAGCCUGCUUGGCUUGUGUGGUCCAAUAUGGUGGGGAGGGCUCGUUCCGGGUGGUUGUAAAACUCUGCGAGUAGAUUGACUACAAGGGGAGAACGUUGGUGGACGGGUGUCGCCUGUGCAGCUUCUCGUGUAAUCUGACAGCCGGGAGGCAGCGAUGGCGAGGUGGCAGUGGCGGUGUCAGCGGCAUUGCUCGUCGUCGUGACCUUCUGACCUUGAACUUGAGUGGCGCGCCAGCGACCACCAGGAGCUGCCUCUGAACGGGGGGGGGGGGGGGUCGGGCGAGGCCCCCUAGCCCCCCCCCAAAGAAUCGCAAGUGCCGCCGGAUGCCGAGAUGAACACAGCCCCUCUCACGCACGCUCUUAAACAAAUAUAUAUUAAUAUAUACACGAUACAAUGACAAACCCCCCCCCUAUAGACUGUAGGAGGCAAGUGCUGUUAGCGAGCAUCUAUUAAGGCCUGCGCGGCGCACGAGGCGGUGGUAGUGGGCACAGCCCCACGCCCGGCCGCCUUUGUCUCCCCAGUGCUCACGUUUGCGCACCGCGCCAGGUGAGUUUUCACUCCUGGCACACUCUAGGUCAGAGAGUAGAGUUCGACUCGCAAUUGAGAAGUUGUGAGUUGAAUUCUCGGUCCGGGUACCGACUCAGCCCCAACCUCCCACUUAGGGAUAAUAAAACGCCUCCCACUUGGCGGAGUGCAGGCAUGAAUGGUGGCGGGGGGGUCAACAGCAAUUGCCCCGUCGAAUAAUUUGACCCCGUCGGAGGAAUGUGGAUUUUACCCACAAUGACGACUUACGAAAGCAAGUGGAGAGAGGGGGGGGGGCAGCAUGGACUUUAACUCAGUGUUGCACCGAGUCGCGUCUGUUACAAACAAAGUGCUUGGUAUUAAGGGCAAUUAUAGGGCAAUUGUGGCACACAAAGGUCGCCUGCAGUAUCCACUGGGAAGUUGUCGCGCCGCGUGAUAGAGUUGUAUGGACCGAACUUCGUCACUUUACGCCACCGCCUCACACAGUUGCUCUUAGCAAACGCGUCGCCGCCGGGUGAGAUUGCGUGCGAUAGUUGCCCCCCUCGUGUAUCGUAACCUUGACGACAAUAGCACUGUCAAGACGGCUCAAGUAUUAUGUAGUGUGUAACCAUAAUAACAGUCCGACGCCGUGUCGGGCAUAGAGGCCGCGUCACCACUCGUCACCACGCUGGCCAGGUCGGGUUCGUGAAAUUGGAGCCGCACUGGAGCGGUUGAGUGAUCACUCGCCACUGGUAUUGGCCGUGGCCAGGAAUCUGACUCUGGUCUGCAGGUUCAUAGCGCAGUGCGCCAAACACUGCACCACCACUCGCUGCCAUACGUAUACAGAAUACACUCCGCCACGCGGGAGCUUUGAAGCACUGUUAAGAUAAAUAGCACACGUGUUGAACCGAUGUUGUCCUAUGCUCCUGUGGCCCUGCUGCAGUGGCAGAAGUGACUGCGGCAUGUCAGUUGACGUGUGCGCUCGUAACGACGUUGGGUCGACGUUGGGGCGGUCAGAUAUUUAUGCCAAGGUCGAGACAGUCGCAGACCACCAGUUCGCUACAUGGUCGUGGCGAGUGAUGUGAACGCCGAAAACUUGAGAUUUGAAAUCAACUCGAGACCCCCGACAGCUGUCAUGCCCGACGUUACGGGACAUAUGUCACCCCCCCCCCCCCCGAGUCCUGCUCGACUUGAGACUCCCACA